AAAGGCAGUCGCCAGUUUUGAUGGGGAGGCCUACGCUGCUCUUUCUCCAUCAUAUGCUUCAAAGCUUCUCCAUUGUUUUUGCCGUCAGUACCUCAGAAAAUUUUUGGGUUCAAUUCGAUUUCUUCAUUUCUUAAUCACCUUUUAAGUUGGUGUUCUAAUUUAACUGUCUCAAGAAGAUUUAUUUUGCACUAAAAAAGACUUAAGUCUGGAAAAUUUUUUGAUUCCCAUAAAUUCUUUUAUUGCAUUUUAUCAUAUGAAAAUUUUUUUGAGGGUUAUAAAAGAUGUAUGUGUAAGAUGUUUAUUAGGCUCUCAAUGAUUGCACAUAAUUUUCAAGUUUCAGCCUUACCAGAAAGAUGAUGUUGAAAAUUUACCAUUUCACUCUGAGAGAGCCAAUUUGGUUAUGCACGAAAUCAUGCUUUUGUGCUAUUGUUUUUGUAGUAUGAUAUCUCAACUGCAGAGCCUCCCAAUGAUUGAACAUUUCCUAUAUAAGUUUCAGCCUUGGCUGAAUUUUAUGUUGAAACCAUUCUUCAGUUCUGAGGGAGUCAUCUGUUUCUCUAAUCUGUCAUGCUACAACACAAGAGUGUGUGAGAUAUCUGAGGCCUUAUGUAAUCAAAGUUUGGUUCAUUGUUCAACCCUCUCUUCCCAAGGUUUGAAUAAAAAUCUUAAAACCGUUGGCUGUAAGCUCAGUAAUGUCUUGAGAUUUUUUAUUAUUUAUAAAGCUCAUGCUUUUACAAGUUUGAUCUGAAACUCGAAAUCAUCCUAUUGAAAAACAAGUUUUUGCACCUUUGUAUGCCAUGAUUUGAUGCCAUUUUGCCCUCUCAUCCAUCUUGCUUUCAAUUGUUACUAUUUUUCUAACCGUAAAUAGAAUAUUGUUUCUUGAGCCUAUAAUUUGUUCAGAAUUACAGAGGGCAUCAAAGAUAUCAAUAUGCUUCCUUCCUUGCUAAUGUUGUGUUGGUGAAUGCUUUUGCUUGGUGAGUAGUAACUUUAUUCCGCAGGCAGUGAAGAUUCCUGCAAUAACCAUCAAUUUGAGCAGUUUACUUUCCCUCUGAUGAUGGUAAUUUUGGACAGAGACCUCUUGAUGGGGAAAUGCCAUCAUUGAUGAUGAAACCUUGGUGGUCAUACGAGAUAAUGUUGCAUAGGAAGAAGGGGGUGUGCCCUUUGCCCUUGCCAAACCAUAUGCUUGUGCUUUUGCAUCUAGUUUCUUCACAAGACCCCACAUUCCAGCCCUGACAGCCACUUUUACAAGUUCCUUUGGCAUGCCUAAAUCUUCCUGAUGAAAGAGAAGCACCUCUGAUGCUGUGUGCCCAACCUCUGAAUCUACUGUGAGCAGUUAAAAAUAUGUUGAUGUCUGGCCAUGGCUGGUUGAAGUUGAACAUAAUCAAAUGGGAAGUAUGUACCUGCUCUUAUACGCCAGCUUGAAUAGUAGUUUUCUACCCGCUUCCGGUUCUUCUGUCUUGGUAAGUAUGGAUCUUCUGUGCCCUGUGCAGGGAUGUUCUAGUUAACCAUUUCAUACCAAAGCCUCAAGUUUUUUUUGUUGGCAAUAUCAGUUUAGUUACAUGCAUUCUAGUUUUUUGUCAGAAAGAAAAUUCUAUUGCACCC